AAAUAGUCUCUCUCUAUUGGUCCACUCAGUGUUAACUAAUAAAGCCACUUGUUUCAAAGAGUCUCUCUGUAUUUGUUUGUUCACUAUGAGUCAACUAAUAAAACUAACUGAUUUGUAUAUUUAUAAAAAAAGAAACAUAUUGAGUCUUUAUGUACUUAUCCUCUAUGAGUUCAAUGCUUAAGCUUUAACGAUAAAUCUACUAAAUUUUUUUGUUUUGUUUUUGUUUAUGUAAGUUACCGAUGAGAUUAUCCCGGCAAGGUUAUCUAAGAGAGGUCGUAAUGCGAUAUUCAACGGUUUUAUUAUGUGGUGUUGUUCUGAUUCAGCUGUUUUCUGCUCAAAUCGAUGCUCAAAGAUCAAGAAGUCGAUGGCAGACGCUUAGUGGUGAUGCUCCACUUGUGAUUGCUCGUGGUGGGUUUUCUGGAUUGUUACCAGAUUCGAGUCUUGAUGCUUACUCUCUUGCAACCCAGACAAGUGUAGCUGAUGUUGUUCUAUGGUGUGAUGUUCAGCUAACCAAAGAUGGAGUUGGGAUUUGCUUCCCUGAUUUAAAUCUGGCCAAUGCUUCAACUAUAGAUCUUGUUUACCCAAAUCACAAACCUAAAUCUUACCCGGUUAAUGGAGUCACUAGGCAGGGUUGGUUCACCAUUGAUUUCUCCCUGGGAGAUCUCCAGAAUGUUUCUUUGAUUCGAGGAAUACUCUCGCGAUCGGAUAAAUUCGAUGGAAAUGGAUACGCCAUUUCAACGAUUCAAAACGUUGCCGAGCAGAUUAGUCCUCAAGGAGGCUUUUGGUUAAAUGUUCAGCACGAUGCGUUCUACGAGCAACAAAAUCUGAGCAUGAGCAGUUUCCUAUUAUCAGCUUCAACAACUGUUUCCAUUUACUUCAUAUCUUCCCCUGAAGUAAAUUUCUUUAUGAAAAUUGCUGGCAGUUUCGGGCGUAAUGGACCGAGUUUUGUGUUUCAGUUUCUUGAAAAAGAAGAUUUCGAGCCGACGACAAACCAAACCUACGGUUCCAUCUUGAGUAAUUUAACUUUUGUCAAGACGUUUGCUUCAGGGAUUCUUGUUCCCAAAUCUUAUAUAUUACCACUCAAUGACAAGCGGUAUUUGCUUCCUCAUACAUCGUUAGUUCAAGAUGCUCACAAAGCAGGUUUACAAGUAUAUGUGUCAGGUUUUGCAAAUGAUGUUGAUAUUGCAUAUAACUACAGUUCCGAUCCAGUCUCAGAGUAUCUAUCUUUUGUGGACAAUGGUAAUUUCUCUGUCGAUGGCAUGCUCUCUGACUUUCCCUUAACUGCAUCUUCAUCCAUUGAUUGCUUCUCCCAUAUUGGCAGAAACGCUACAAAGCACGUGGAUUUUCUUGUUAUAUCAAAAAAUGGCGCGAGUGGGGACUAUCCUGGAUGUACAGACUUGGCAUAUGAGAAUGCAAUCAAAGAUGGUGCUGAUGUUAUCGAUUGUUCAGUCCAAAUGUCGAGUGACGGUAUACCUUUUUGCUCAAGUUCAAUAGAUCUCAAAGACACCACAAUGGUCGUCCAAACUCCUUUUAGCAAGCGUUCAACAACUGUUCCUGAAAUCAGCCCAAAUGGUGGAAUAUACACUUUUAAUCUCACAUGGCCUGAAAUCCAGAAUUUGACUCCUGCUAUUUCAAACCCAUACAAAGUAUAUGAUAUGGUAAGGAAUCCAGAAAAGAGAAAUGCGGGGAAGCUUAUGUCGCUUUCUCAAUUCUUAGGCUUGGCAAAGAACUCCACUACUCUCUCCGGUGUUUUGAUCAGUGUUGAUAAUGCGGCAUACUUGAGAGAGAAGCAAGGGCUCGACGUGGUUAAAGCUGUUCUUGAAACACUAACAGAAUCUGGUUAUAGCAAUGGAACAACUACAACAAAGGUCAUGAUUCAGUCUACCAACAGCUCGGUUCUAGUUGACUUCAAGAAUCAGAGCAAGUAUGAAACUGUCUACAGAAUUGAAGAAACCAUUCGUGAUAUUAGUGAUUCUGCCAUCGAAGACAUAAAGAAAUUCGCUAACGCUGUUGUCAUCAACAAAGUUUCAGUCUUUCCUAACUCUGAUUCGUUUCUCAGUAAACAUACCAAUGUUGUGGAGAGACUCCAGAAGUCUCAGCUCCCGGUUUAUGUGGAACUGUUUCAGAAUGAGUUUGUCGCUCAAGCAUAUGACUUCUUCGCUGAUGCAACUGUUGAGAUAAACACAUAUACCUAUGGAGCCAGUAUUAAUGGAACCAUCACAGAGUUCCCCUUCACAGCUGCAAGAUACAAAAGGAAUCGAUGUUUGGGUAGAGACAAAAUACCACAAUACAUGUUACCAAUUCAACCCGGUGGCCUUUUAGAUAUUGUGAGUCCUUUGUUCUAAGUUCUUUCGGUCCUCUAAGUUCUUUCGGUCAUUUUUUAUGAUCCCCGACCAACCUCAACCCCAGGAACCCCAUCAACCAUUGCACAAGCACCUAGUGGACAAACCCGACUCACACUAUCUCUUCUCCUCUCUGCGAUUUUUCCUCUCACUCUUCUACUUACGUGACCAAACCCUAGAUGUCACAUACUCCUCUCUGUUUCUUUGUGUGCCGGUUUAAAUUUACACUUUGGUUUACUGUGAUUUGGUUAUUGUACUUGUUUAAUCAUCAGUUUAUAAUUCGGUUGUUGUUUGUACUUUGUACAUGAGAAUUCUCUUGUUCAUGAUAAUGAACAUUAUAGUAAAUAAAAUUAUUACAAUGGUACUAAUCUGUUAUCA